CUAAAAAAACUGGCUGACCCAGAUAUAAGAAGUGACGUUGGAAUUCUACCUGAUAAUAACUACCUUUUUGCCAGCACAAGGAAAUCUGAAGGACAUACGUCUGGCUGGCAUGCAGUUCACAAUAUAAUUGAAAAAAUAGACCUAAAGAAGCCAGACAAUAUUAAAGCGACAUCCAAUAGGCAUAGGGUCAGUACCCUUUAUGCUGCACUUCACAUACCAAAAUCAGAUCGGGAUUGGUUUUACAAACACAUGGGACAUUCUCGUGCUAUUAACGAAGGAACAUAUCAAGCCCCUCCUGCCCUUAUGGAGAUUACGAAAGUUGGAAAGCAACUCCUUCAGAUAGAUGCAGGUAACGGAGCAUCACAAAGAAAAUUUGAAGGACAAAGUAGAGUUAGUACAGAAACUUCAUGUGACGAAGCAUCACAGAGAUUAUUCAAAGGGAACGAAAAGAAACCAAGUUCGGAAAAAACCUGUGUAAAACAAUCAGGAAAAAACGUACUAUCACGAAAAUCUGAGAAAAGUUACUCCAUGCGCUCUCGGUCGAAAGUUUGUAAACGUAAACGUUAUGACCACGAAGAUGACGACGAUUACGAUGAUGAUGAUGAUGAUGAUUACCAUCCCCAAAAUAGCGUUGAUUUGUCAUGUGACAAAGAAAAUGAAUUAUUACCGGUGAGAACCAAUGCAAACAUGGAGCGCUCGUACUUGGCUUGGCCAGAAUCUGUCCAUGUGAAAUUCCUGAAAAUGUUUGAAAAAUACAUCAGAAGAGAAUCGCAAAAUCCAAUGCCCUCCCGUGAAGAGAUGAAUUUUUUUCUGGAAGAAAAUAGUCUUGACAUUCCCUGGCAAAAAGUUCGAACAAAGAUUAAUAACGAACGAGCAAAGCGUGACAGAAUCAAGAAGAGUAACCUAGAAAAGAUACUUAAAACCUCAUAGAUUUUCUUUUAUAUCUUUAUUAUAUGAACGUCAUCCCUUGGAAAUAAAAAGUAGCAAAAAAAUUUGAAACCGGUUUUUCAAAUUUAUUCUUUAUUUUAUGUUAUAUAUUUGUAGGACCAUCCCGUUCAUUAUCUAUAUUCAUUGAUACGAGUAUUUUGUUCAUUUCCAUGAUGUUUUGUAACAUAAGUGAGUAGAUUCGAUAUAUUUAAAUGUCCAAUGUAAUUUUUACUU